CCGCGCAGGUUGGCGAACAGCAGCCGCCGGCAUGCAGCGGGCCAGCCCGCCUCGCUCGCCGCAAGGGAGCGCGCCGUGAAGCCCGGGCGGGCAAGCCAGAGCGCGCCCCGUCUGCCGCCCGCUCGGAAAGCGCGCUGCCCCGCACCAUGCUGCGCGGCAUCCUUCGCCCCGUGGCCGCCUCGGCGUAGCCAGCCUCGAGGGACCCCGCGGCCCGGCGCCUUCCCCCGGGGAGGGGGGCGCUCCAGCCUCCCCUCCCCACAGCCGCCGCCGCCUCCCCUCUUCCCCUCGCGCGCGUCCUCCAGCAGGUGAAGCAGCCGCGAGAGCGGGAGCCCAGCUGAACCGGCGCGGGGCAGCUGUACUGCGGCAGCGGCUCCUGGCCCACCUCCUCCUCGUCGUCGCCCUGGCCGUCUCCUCUGCGCGCCCCUCGCCCUCCUUCUACCCCGCCUCGCCAUGGCUCAGGCGGCCAAGCAGCUCAAGAAGAUCAAAGACAUCGAGGCGCAGGCCUUGCAAGAGCAGAAGGAGAAGGAGGAGUCGAACCGAAAGCGCCGGAACCGCUCGCGGGACCGCAAGAAAAAGGCUGAUGCUGCAACCAGCUUCCUAAGGGCAGCACGAUCGGGGAACCUGGACAAGGCUCUGGACCACUUGAGGAAUGGUGUGGAUAUUAAUACCUGCAACCAGAAUGGGUUGAAUGCUUUGCACCUGGCCUCCAAGGAGGGACAUGUGAAGAUGGUGGCUGAGUUGCUGCACAAGGAGAUUGUUUUGGAAACCACCACAAAGAAAGGGAACACAGCCCUACACAUUGCUGCCUUGGCAGGACAAGAGGAUGUGGUGAGGGAGCUGGUGAACUUUGGGGCAAAUGUCAAUGCACAGUCACAGAAAGGCUUCACGCCCCUGUACAUGGCAGCACAGGAGAAUCACCUAGAAGUUGUCAAAUUUCUGCUGGAGAAUGGCGCCAACCAAAACGUUGCCACGGAAGACGGCUUUACACCGCUGGCCGUGGCUCUGCAGCAGGGCCACGAAAAUGUCGUGGCCCAUCUGAUUAAUUAUGGGACAAAGGGCAAAGUGCGCCUGCCGGCACUGCACAUAGCUGCCCGCAAUGAUGACACGCGUACGGCUGCCGUCCUCCUGCAGAAUGACCCCAAUGCUGACGUCCUUUCCAAGACCGGCUUCACCCCACUGCACAUUGCGGCGCACUACGAGAACCUCAACGUGGCCCAGCUGCUGCUGAACCGUGGAGCAAGUGUCAACUUCACGCCCCAGAACGGCAUCACCCCGCUGCAUAUUGCUUCCCGUCGUGGCAACAUUAUCAUGGUGCGCCUGCUGCUUGAUCGGGGGGCCCACAUCGAGACCCUCACCAAGGAUGAACUGACGCCGUUGCACUGUGCUGCCAGGAAUGGGCAUGUACGAAUUGCCGAAAUCCUGCUGGACCAUGGUGCUCCCAUCCAAGCUAAGACGAAGAACGGCCUGUCCCCCAUCCACAUGGCCUCCCAGGGAGACCACUUGGACUGUGUGAGACUCCUGCUGCAGUAUAAUGCUGACAUCGAUGACAUCACCCUGGACCACCUGACGCCCCUGCACGUGGCUGCCCAUUGUGGCCACCACCGAGUGGCCAAAAUCCUGCUGGAAAAGGGGGCAAAGCCGAAUGCACGGGCACUGAAUGGCUUCACCCCUCUGCACAUUGCCUGCAAGAAGAACCACAUCCGGGUGAUGGAGCUGUUGCUGAAGACGGGGGCCUCCAUUGAUGCAGUCACUGAGUCUGGCCUGACCCCUCUUCACGUGGCUUCCUUCAUGGGGAACCUUCCAAUUGUCAAGAUCCUGCUGCAACGUGGAGCGUCUCCCAAUGUUUCUAAUGUGAAGGUGGAGACGCCCCUCCAUAUGGCAGCCCGGGCUGGGCACACAGAAGUAGCUAAAUACCUGCUCCAGAACAAGGCCAAAGUCAAUGCCAAGGCUAAGGAUGACCAGACACCACUACACUGUGCAGCCCGCCUUGGGCACUGCCCCAUGGUGAAGCUGCUGCUGGAGACUGGUGCUGAUCCCAACCUGUCCACGACAGCCGGACACACGCCCUUGCACAUCACGGCACGUGAGGGCCACUUGGACUGUGCCUGUGCCCUCCUUGACAAGGAGGCUUCGCAGACUGUCAUGACCAAGAAAGGAUUUACCCCUCUGCACGUUGCUUCCAAAUAUGGGAAAGUAGAUGUCGCCAAGGUCCUGCUGGAGCACCACGCACAGCCCAACACAGCAGGGAAGAAUGGCCUUACGCCCCUCCACGUAGCCGUGCACCACAACAACUUGGACAUCAUCAAAGUGCUGCUGCCCAAGGGAGCCUCCCCACACAGCGUGGCCUGGAAUGGAUACACCCCCCUGCACGUCGCCGCCAGGCAGAACCAAAUGGAGGUGGCCAGCAGCCUGCUGCAGUACGGUGCCUCCGCUAAUGCUGAGUCCACGCAAGGAGUGACCCCGCUGCACCUGGCCGCCCAGGAGGGCCACGCAGACAUGGUGGUGCUGCUCCUCUCCAAGCAGGCCAAUGGCAACUUCGGCAACAAGAGCGGCCUCACCCCCCUCCACCUGGUGGCUCAGGAGGGCCACGUACAAGUGGCAGACGUCCUCCUCAGGCAUGGAGUCCGAGUGGAUGCAACAACGCGGAUGGGGUAUAUGCCAUUGCAUGUGGCUUGUCACUAUGGGAACAUCAAGCUGGUGAAGUUUUUGCUGCAGCACCAAGCAGACGUCAAUUCAAAGACCAAGCUAGGAUACACUCCUCUGCACCAAGCUGCUCAGCAAGGCCACACUGACAUUGUCACCCUCUUGCUAAAGCACGGGGCCUCACCCAACGAAAUCAGCUCGAAUGGUGCCACCCCUCUGGCCAUUGCAAAGCGGCUGGGCUACAUUUCUGUAACCGAUGUGCUGAAAAUUGUCACCGAUGAGACCAGCCUGCUGUCAUUCAGUGACAAGCACCGCAUGAGUUUCCCAGAGACUGUGGAUGAGAUCCUAGAUGUUUCUGAGGAUGAAGGCACGGCUCAUGUAACUCUCCUUGGAGAUGAGUUGCCCAGCCCAAAGCCACAGAAGCGGGACGUCCAGUAUCAGGAAGAUGAGAGAGAAAUUGUGGAAUUUGUCCCCAAACUGGAUCACGUAAGGGAGGAGUCACCAGCUAUCCCGCAAAUCCCUUGUGUCACGCCUGAGACAGUGCUGAUCAGACCUGAGGAGCCAGAGCAGCCUUCCAAGGAAUUUGAUGAGGAGUCGCUUAUCCCAAGCAGCCCUGCCACGGAGACCUCUGACAACAUCAGCCCCGUGGCCAGUCCUGUCCACACUGGAUUCCUCGUAAGUUUCAUGGUUGAUGCCCGUGGUGGGUCCAUGCGAGGAAGCAGGCACAAUGGUCUUCGCGUCGUCAUCCCACCCAGGACCUGCGCAGCACCCACACGCAUCACCUGUCGCCUGGUCAAGCCCCAGAAGCUGCCGGCACCACCCCAUCUGGCUGAGGAAGAAGGAUUGGCCAGCAGGAUUAUUGCACUAGGACCUGCUGGAGCACAGUUCCUCAGCCCCGUAAUCGUGGAGAUCCCUCACUUUGCCUCGCAUGGGCGUGGUGACCGGGAGCUGGUGGUUCUGCGCAGCGAGAAUGGAUCUGUAUGGAAGGAGCACCGCAGCCGCUACGGAGAGAGCUGCUUGGACGAGGUCCUGAAUGGAAUGGAUGAAGAGCUGGAGAGCCUAGAGGAACUGGAAAAGAAGAGGAUUUGUCGCAUCAUCACCACAGAUUUCCCACUUUACUUUGUGGUCAUGUCUCGUGUGUGCCAGGACUGCGACCAGAUUGGCCCAGAAGGUGGCUGUCUACAGAGCACAUUGGUGCCUAUGGUCCAGGCCACAUUCCCAGAAACGGCGGUGACCAAGAAAGUCAAACUAGCUCUGCAGGCACAACCGGUACCAGAUGAGCUGGUGACGAAACUGCUGGGGAACCAGGCAACGUUCAGCCCGAUAGUGACGGUGGAGCCACGCCGCAGAAAAUUCCACCGCCCCAUAGGGCUGCGCAUCCCCCUGCCCCCUUCAUGGAGGGAGAACCCCCGGGACAGUGGGGAAGGUGAUACCACCAGCCUGAGACUCCUCUGCAGUGUCAUAGAAGACUCAUACCCUACCUUGCAAUCAACCGAUUUUCAAGGCGACUUACAAGCAACAGGAGGAACAGCCCCAGCACAAUGGGAAGACAUCACUGGCACCACAAAACUAGUCUAUGCCAAUGAGUGUGCAAGCUUCACCACCAAUGUUUCUGCCAGGUUCUGGCUGGCAGAUUGCCCGCGCACAGCUGAAGCCGUCCAUUUUGCCACCUUGCUGUACAAAGAGCUGGCAGCUGUGCCCUACAUGGCCAAGUUUGUGGUCUUUGCCAAAAUGAACGACGGACGGGAGGGUCGCCUGCGCUGCUACUGCAUGACCGACGACAAGGUGGACAAGACGCUCGAGCAGCAUGAAAACUUCACCGAAGUGGCGCGCAGCCGGGACAUUGAGGUGGUGGAGGGAAUGCCACUACACACGGAGCUUUCUGGGAACCUGGUGCCGAUCAAGAAGGCCGCCCAACAGCGUAGCUUCCUGUUCCAGUCCUUCCGAGAGAACCGCCUGAUCAUCCCUGUCAAGGUGAGGGACAGCAGUCGGGAAGCGAGCGGCUCAUUGUCCUUCCUCCGUAAAGCCAUGAAGUACGAGGAGCUUCAGCAUGCUCUCUGCCACCUGAACAUCACCAUGCCACCCUGCUCCAAGAGUUUUGGCAGCGAGGAGCGAAGGAGAACGUUGACGCCGUUGGCCCUGCGUGAGAGAUACAGCCUCCCCAGUGACAGUACUCUAGGCUCAGUAAGUAGCACAGAGAAAGACAGAAUGGAUCUGAAGAUGGCUGUCAUUGCAGAGCACCUGGGCCUCAGUUGGGCUGAGCUGGCUCGGGAACUGCAGUUCGGGGUGGAUGACAUCAACAGGAUCCGUGUGGAGAACCCCAACUCACUGCUGGAGCAGAGCCUGGCUCUGCUGAACCUGUGGACCAGCCGCGGCAGUCAGAGUGCCAACAUGGAGACCCUGUACACAGCCCUGCGCAACAUCGACCGCAGUGAGAUCGUCAACAUGCUGGAAGGCUCCACACGGCAGAGCCGCAGCCUGAAAGGCGACAAGCGCUACCCGCACCGGGACUACUCCCUGUCACCCUCCCAGAUGAAUGGUUACGCUUCACUGCAGGAUGAGCUGCUCUCCCCCGCCUCCCUGCAUUAUGCGCUGCCUUCCCCGCUGCGUGCCGACCAGUACUGGAGUGAGGUGGCCAUCAUGGACGCCAUCCCCAUGGCCGCCAGCGAGCAGGACGCCCUCAUGGAGAUGUCCGACAUGCAGGUGUGGUCCUCGGGGCUGACACCCUCGCUGGUGACUGCCGAAGACUCCUCCCUGGAGUGCAGCAAGGCUGAAGACUCAGACGCCACAAGCGAAGGCCGGUUCCCGGGGCAACUCCUGGAGGACGCUCAUGGCCCCGACCCGCUGGGCUCCAUGGACCUGGUGGAGGACGACACAGUGGACUCAGACGCCAUGAAUGGCCUGAUGGACAUGCUAGAGCAGGAGGAAGGCCAGCAGAGGGUGCAAGCCCGCAUCACGGAGUCGCCCACGGUCAGUCGUGUCAUAGACAAGGGCAAAGACAGGCUAGGCGACUGGACCAUGGAGAGCACCUUCAUCUCCAGCUUGUCAGACUUACCUAAGGGGUUGUCUUUGAGCCCUCCAGCACUGCGGCAAUCAGUGACCUACAGAGUUCGGGACCAAGAGCGGGAGAGGCUGGAGCACAUGAGGAUUGACUUGUCAGAGGAGAAGGAGAGCCCCCCACUGCACAGAGAUUGGGGGCUCCAGCCUGGGCGACGGCAGGGCCUGGCUAAGUGGCUGGAAGAAGCUGACAGCAGCUUAUUUGGACAAACGACGGGUAACGAAGUGCUAGAUGUUCCAGGGGAACAAGUGACAGAAGAACAGUUCACAGAUGAACAAGGCAACAUCAUCACCAAGAAGAUUAUCCGGAAGGUGGUGCGGCGGCUGGGAACUGACGGGACGGGCGACGGGCGGCAACACGAAGAGGAGGAGGCUCAAGAGAGUGUCUCACGAUCGGAGCUUCUCGGGGGCAGGAUGGGGGCUCAGAUAGUGAAACGAGCCAGCCUGAAAAGGGGGAAGCAGUGACACCACAACCCACCCCCGCCCCUCGAGUGGCCUCUUUGGAGGGCCUCACCUCGACACCAAUCCACUGACCUCCCCCUCCCCCUUGUGCUCCCCACACGGCCAGAAGAGUGGAGCUGCAUACUCACCGGGGCAGGACUGGCUGUCCAUGACUCUUUAGGUUAAUGGCAUGAUUUCCAUAAGAGAGCCAACUUUACUGUCUUAUUCGCAUGAAUGACCGACCGCAGACGCAUGAGCUACAGUCCUUCCUCCUGACUCAAAGCCUGGAUGAGGACGCCGCAGGAGAGGGGAAAGCAUCCCGUUGUGUGUUUUGGGGAGGGAGGUGGUGUCCUUCCCAAAGCCGCCUUCUGCUUGGCGCGCUGCCGCGGCCUCUUGAAACAGGAGUAAGCUGGACAGAACUCAUUGCCCAAGCCACCGCCCCACCACCUUCCCCCCCCCCGCUCAGCCCUCCUCCCCAUCUCUGGUGGGGCCUUGAGGGCCUCCAGCGUUGGCUUCCGGGGAAGAUCUUCAGGCCUGGGAAAUAGGAAGCGGCAGAGGGCUUCCCGGGUGUCCUGGCCAGGUCCGGGUGGAAAGCGUCACCUGGACAGUUGCUCCACCCUGCUGUAUAGGAUACAUACAGGUAGCUACUAUGCAAACAUACAUUAGGGCUGUUCAGCAGGAUUGUACUGGCUUGGCUCCCUGAGGAGCUGCACAGACUGGAAUGGAGGUAGGAAGAGCCAGGAUUGGGAAUCAGCAGAGCAAACCUCCCAGGCUCCUCUCUCUCUCUCUCUCUCUCUCUUGCAAAGGCACACACAAACACACACAUGCAGAGGGGGUGGGGAAAGAGAGGGGGCAGGAAGGGCUAGUGCGUGAGCCUCUGUCAAGCCACACACGCACACGUGUGUGAAUGUGUGCCAGGCACACUUGCACCAAAUCCUCAGGACGCUGCCUGCCAUUGGAAGAGCGCAGCUGCCGGCUUGCGCCGAGGCCUGGCUCCACCCAGCACAAUCUGUCGCUCAGGAGAGGUGCAGAGGGUUACGGCAAUACUUUCCCAACAUGUCUGCACUUGGGAGGGCCCAGCAAGGGUCCCCAGACUCAGCACAGAUGUGGCAUCUGCCAAUGUUUCCUGGACCACUCCUAGCUGGGGUGUAGCUAAAUCUCUCCCCCUCCCCCAACACACACACCGCCAAGUUUCAUGAUAAAGAAAGGCAGGAGUGGGGCCCAUCCUAAUAGAGGAUGUGCUACCACAGCCAGGACUGGCUGCUCCAUUCCCACCCCCACUCCAGUGCUCAAGGAAUCCUGCCCCCCUCCGGCCAGCCUGUCCUUCCCAGCCAAGCCAGAACCUGCGUCUCCUGCCUUGAGCAAUACGUGGUUCCUUUUAGGAGGCAUCCACUCUGGGCUUCCACAAAGAGGUGGCACUUGCUGCAGGGAAAGUGAGUUAUUGCAGGGGAGGUGCACUGGGUGGUUGCUGCACGACUCCCCUGCCCGCCCCUUUCGUCUUUGGACCCAGAAGAGAUGCAAAGUGGCACCUGCUUCCCGAGCAAUGCACAACUUCAGCUCUUGUCCCUGGGAACCUACCAAGGCCUGGCUCCAGGUCAGCUCCUUGAAAGUUCAGACUAAAAUCUGGAGUGGAUUCCACUGCCCCAUUGACAUGGAGUCACCUGCCGCCACUGAGCAACGGUGAGAGCAACACAGCGCAACAAGGGGGGGUUGCCAGCCCCCAAGCUAUUUGGGGGUGGAGAAGCAGGUGGAUCCCCUCCACACACACACAAGGAGCAGGGGGAGAAGGGGGUGCCAAGGAGAGCUGGAGGGGGAGCCAAAAAGGAUGGGCCAGGCAUCUCCGCAGAGAGAAAAGAGCUGCCCCAGUGACAAACAUGCCAAGUGCGGAGGAGACCAUGCCCGCCCCACCCUCACAGAACACAAGCCCUGUGCGGCCUGCCUGCCCGCCUGCCCCAAAUUGCUGACACAGCAUUUGCCAUAGAACCUAGUGUGUGGGGGCCCUCAUGCUUUGGCCUCCUGUAGUGCAUAGGAAAAUGCGCUGCAAACUGUGCCCCCUCACCUGCCUGUGGGGUGCCGCUUUGCCCGCUGAUUGCUAAUAGGAGCUGUAGGGGAGGGCAACUCCUAGAGAAUGCUGCCGUCUGCACUCUAGAUGCUUUUUAGGAGUUCUUACUUUUCAUUUCUUUUUUAUUGUUAUGGAAAAAAGUUUGAGCCUUUUGGCUCCUCCUUGUUCUCGCCACCUUCCCUUCCAUCCCUCACCCCAAUGUAUAGAUUAUCCUCCCUCGUUCACCAGCUACCAAAAUCCAACUUAAUAAAUAAACCAACACCAUCUUGGGCUGCC